AUGCCUAGGAAUAAAGGCAAAGGAGGUAAAAAUAGACGCAGAGGUCAGAAUGAAAAUGAAUCUGAGAAAAGAGAGCUGGUGUUCAAGGAGGAUGGCCAAGAAUAUGCACAAGUAAUCAAAAUGGCCCUCGGCCGGGUUCAAAUUGUUUUCCUGUCAAACAUUCUUCUAGGUGGUAUAGCACUGGUCUGUGCAUUGCUGUACAGAGAUUAUCAGGAUAACAAGGCUGAUGUCAUUUUAAAAUACAAUGCGGAUGAAGCUAGAAGUCUGAAGGCAUAUGGCGAGCUUCCAGAACAUGCUAAAAUCAAUGAAACGGAUACAUUUGGCCCAGGAGAUGAUGAUGAAAUCCAGUUUGAUGACAUUGGUGAUGAUGAUGAGGACAUCUUCCUGAGCUACUUUGCCCUGUAG